AUGAAGGAGCAGGCCAACUUCGUGGCCAACGGAAAGGCUGAGUUCCACCUGCUCAACGUUCUGCCAUCUCAGGAGAUAAAACCUAGCGAACGGAAGACCCCCACCGCUACCUUCGUCCACUUGUUCAAGGCAUCCUCUAGAACCGUCACGCCCCUCCUCGAAGCUCAGAGUCGGCAUUCCGUCGCACUCAAGGCUUCUCUUUUCUACGACGAUGGAGUUCGUCUUGGCCUUCUGAAUAUCUACGCCAAAUGCGGUUUUUUUUAUACCGCCUGCAAGUUGUUCGACGAAAUGCGAAAUAGAAAUGUUCUCUCGUGGACUAUUCUUAUCUCCAGCCACUCUCGUGUUGGAAAAUUUGAAGACGGGAUCAACGUUUUCGCCGACAUGCUUGCUGAUGGGGUCUCGCCAAACUGCGUUAGCCUGUCUAUCGUUCUGAAGUACUGCAUGGACUUCGUUGAUCUCCCAAAGGGAAAAAGCAUACAUGGGAGGGCAUUGAGGAACGGGAUUAAGUUUGAUGUCGCUUUGCAGAACUCCAUUCUUGAUUUAUAUGCAAAAUAUGGCACCUUGGCUUGCACGAAAAAUGUUUUCCGAUUGAUGAGGGAGAAGGAUGUUAUAUUGUUGAAUAUUAUGAUCGGUACAUACCUACGAGAUGGAGCUGUUGAAACAGCCAUGAGUUAUUCAUGCCUUCACCCAAUCAAGAUGAUUCGAGUUGGAACACAAUCAUUAAUUGACAAAUGGAGCAUGGUUGUGGUGUGA